AUGGAGGGAUCUCACCUUCAUCAUCAUCAUCACCAUCAUCAUCAGUAUUUGAUGUGGCUGAAGAGGAAGCAAAUGUUGAGGUCACAUAUUGAAGCGGCUAGACCAUGGGAAGAGAGGGCUUUUGCAGAAGACGCAGCUAGGAUACUUGGUGGGUACGUUUGGCCUCCGAGAUCCUACUCUUGUAGUUUCUGCAAAAGAGAGUUCAGGUCUGCACAAGCUCUUGGGGGUCACAUGAAUGUUCACAGGAGGGAUAGAGCUAGGCUCAAACAGAGCCAACAAAGUGUUCCUAAGGGAUCUUCUGAUUCAGAUGUAAUCGUCGUCAAUGGAAGGGAAGAAGAUUUUGCAGGCUUCAGUCAUGGGAAUAAUAAUAAUAAUUAUGUUGAUACAGACCUGUCCGUGGGAUUACUACCUGCAUCAGCUGAAGAAGCUUUAAGUUGCAAGAAACCCAAGACUUCCAAUAUUUCUUCAGUACAGCUUCCUGUCCUCAUCAAACCAUUCUCGAACGAUCACGCAAGCCUGGUUUUCCAAUCUGCAGAAAUGGUAAUCGGAGUUAAUAAGCCUAAGAUGGAAGACUUGGAUCUUGAACUCAGGCUGGGGAAGCCACAGAAAGUUAAGUGA